AUGUCCCCCGACGAGGACGCCUCCAGGCGCUGCGCCGCGUGCAAGUUCCUCCGCAGGCGGUGCUCCCGCGACUGCGUCCUCGCGCCGCAUUUCCCCGCCUCCGAUCCCCAUAGAUACGCCUGCGUCCAGCGUGUCUUCGGUGCGGGCAACACUGCCAGAAUGCUCCAGCAACUCCCGGUGCAGGAGCGCGGCGCGGCGGCGGACUCGAUGGCGGCGGAGGCGUACCGCCGGGUGCAGGACCCGGUGUACGGCUGCGCCGGCGUCAUCAACCGCCUCCAGGACGAGAUCCGCGCCGCGCAGUGCGAGCUCGCCUGGACCAACGCGCAGAUCGCCAUGCACCGCGCCGCCGCCCACGCUCGGACGGCGGCGUCAACCUCUCAAUGGCAGCGGAGCAACGGCGGCGGCGCCGACGGCGCACGGACGCAGCAUCAGCAGCAGCAGGCGAUCCCGACGAACAAUGCCGCGUGGCAGCUGGACGACUUGGCAUCUGAAUUCUCGUUUCCUUGA